AUGAGUCACAAUAACUGGGUGGCGUUCACGCUACCUGCGUAUCAAGUAGACCUUUUCAGAUUACGCAAGAUUUUAGACGGAAUUUACCACGGGCACUUCGAAGUAUCUCUGAAAGGUGACGAGUUCAUUAUCUUGGCUCCGCGGUAUUUGGACCCUGCGGAGAAGGAGCUUGUUGCCGAGGGUAGUCGAUACCGGCGUAUUCUUGAAGAGAACAAAGCAGUCAAGGCCUCCACUGAGAAGCGAGGGCCUGCUGAGAAGCGACAGCCUAUUGCCAAAGCAAGACCAAGAAAACAAAGAUCAUCCCGGGGCCAGUCUCCGUCCAACCCUUCAACUGAACAGUGUGACUCUCCUGAUACAAGUCAAAUACCGUUGUUCGACUCAGUGACACAGGUGGUUCCUUCGCUGGAGCCCAAGGCGCAUGCGACUCCGGAUCAAGUCUUGGUCGUUGAAAACGUCACAACGGACCAGGUAGGAAGAACCUUACAAGGCUUGUACGCAACUCCAGUCGCAAGCGGCGAGACCUCUAAGGUAUUCGGGGUAGAGACUCGCCUAUCAUUGAACGGGCAUCUUUCUGAUUCAAAAGAUGUCAUCCGAAAGUGCGCGGUCAAACGUCUACAUGAAUCCACGAGUGCUGAGCAGUUCUGGGCCGAAUAUGAGUCCUUGAAGCGUCUCAAGAGCUUGAAUCAUCCUCAUCUGAUAGAGACACUCUCUGUCUUCAGGUCCGAGAUGGGUACAACACAGCAUUUCAACUUCGUGUUCCCACUGGCUCUUUCGAACUUAAAACGUCUCUUCCGGGAUUCUUAUGUCCCAGUUCCCCUUCGAAACCGAAAUCUUGAUUCUCUUUGGGGCCAGAUUCCUGGACUCUCAAGUGCGGUUGCCUACCUUCACGACUCUGCUCAUAUGGCACAUCGCGACAUCAAGCCAUCAAAUAUCCUGAUCUAUGAAGAGCCUUCCGGUACAGGACUUUCUCUCAAGCUUACAGAUUUUGGGUUAUCUGUCGACCUAUCUAGAGCCAGAACAUGGGAGCAAGGUAGCCGCGCUCGUCAAUCAGCUUGGCUCUAUGACUCUCCAGAAGUUCGGAACGCGUCUCCUAUAACGGGGGUAGCCGAACCUAGCGCAAAAAUCAAGAUCCCUUCCUCAUCAGAUCUGAUGGCCAACGACAUAUGGAAGUUGGGAUGCGUAUUCACAGAGAUGCUUGCAUUUCUAGUAGGCGGAGGUUCUGCUGGUGUAGCAGAGUUUCGCGACCACAUAACAACUACAGAGGGCAAUGUCUCUUCUGACGUGUUCAACGAUACUCGUUUCGACGAUGGUGAACAGGUCAAGCCUCAGGUUCUCGAAUUUAUUGACCGAAUGGCGUACAAAGAUUAUCGAGCAGGGAUGUUACAAGCCAUGAUCAGUGGCAUGCUCGCCAAAUCGGCGCUAAGACCUACGAUAGCCCACGUCUGUGAGAAGUUGGCAGAGAACAACUUCCCGAACAUCCGCUACAAUGACGGAGUAAGGGUGAUUCGGUUCAUUCCAGAGGAUCGUUUGGCAUGCUCACGCUUCAAUACCUUGAGACUCAAAAUUGAGGAAUGGACUGGUCGACCAAUAGAUUGGGCUCCACUGAAUCAACCGCUGCCUAAACUUGACGCCGGUGGCUACAUGGCAAUUUGGAAGUGGCACGGAAUCGACUUGUUUCUAGCUCUUUCUCAAGAUGAGUUUGAUCGCUAUAAAGCAACAUGUUUCCCUGUGACCACAAACGGCAUUCCUCUUCUCCCUCUUACACAACAAGAUCUCAAGGCACAGCAAGCUGCUAAGCCAAGUUCUUCUAUGCAACCCACCAAACUCAGACAACCAUCUCACUCCUCCCUCGGCACCAAUGUCCUCACAGGCAAUGUUUCUUCUGCAAUUCAGACCUCGGUGGAUACGAAGGACAUUUACUGGUGCAUCGAAAGGAACUUUACAGAGCCUACAGAGAUAUACCUUUCCCCCAUUCAGAAUGCAGAGACGCUAGACGACGAACAAUUGUUUCACCAAGUCAACACGGCCAUUGGUAGCACGGAGGGUUGGAUUCGCCGACUCUUCUCAUGGAAGCGUUGUACCGCGAUCGAUUUUGUUCAGUUCCUUGUUAUUUGGGAGAACAAAGAUCAAGUCAAUCCUAUUCAGAAAGAACUUCCUCCCCCUGCUACUCCAUUCUACAACCAUUCCGUUCCUUUGCCUCACGACUUUCACAUGAGAGCAGCUGGAUUGCAAAUGGUAUUUGGACUCCGUGAUCCAAAAAAGGGUAGCGGAGAAACAACCAUUAUCGAUAUGCUUCCCAAAAAGACAAACCCUCCCCCCUUUCCAAGGAGAAUAUCGGAACCUGGCUGGGGCUUACAUGCCAAGAUGGGUUUUUCUCAGCGAAGAUUUCUUGCAUGGCUGUUUUUCUGCAUUAUUUUGGGUGGAAUCUUUGUGGUUGUCUGGCUGGUCUUUAUAAGUCCGACGGACCUACAGAAUGCCUUUAUUCCGAGUUUUCUUUUCGCGACUCUGCUGACGAUUGCGAUGGGGUUACUUCAGGUAGCGUAG